CACAGAGGGUCGAAUGUACGCCGUGCAUAACGUCGUCGCCUCGCUACGAUUCAUAUACCAGACCAAAUAUGUUUUUAAUUAAAAACAGAAAACAGCGAUAAGUAGCAGCUGCAGCAAAAUGCUGUAACAAAACUGGACAAAAGCGGGUAGUUUAUUGUGCAAAAGUUGGUCGAGAAUAGUAGAAGAACAAACAAUCCAAAAAAAUUUUGUGAAAACUUACUUGAGCCUUUACGAAAAUUUAGUAUUUUUAAUGGCUUGUUUUAAUUCGACUUAACGACGGCCCCAAAUUGCAUAACACCAAUUGUAUAUAUAUAUAUGUGCGUUUCAGUGCGUGUUUGUGUGUUGGUGACUACGCUGCAGCAGUGGUGGAAAUAUAAAAGGCAACAAAGCUUGUAAAUUGUGUUGAAUGGCGUAAACUGAAGCAAGAAUGGAGCAGACGUAUUAAAAGUGAAGGGAGAAGUAAGCUACCUAAACUAAAUGGGAGAAGGUCGAUAUUGAAAUCCGUCCAAAAAAAUUAUGAACGCAGUGCUGUAUAUUUACGGAGGACAUGAGCAUUAAAGAGUACUUUUAGUAUGAGUAUUAAGUACGCUCUAAAAUAGAAGUUUAAUAUUGCAUAUACACUUGAAGUAUUCUAUUUCUGUCGUUUUAUGCAGAUAAAUUGCUCUUAAUAACACACAUCAGUUAAUUUUUGGCGUAUAUGCUUUUAGUUACAAAGGCAUGCGACUAAAUCACUACAUUAUGAAUAACUAUAUGCGAAUCGACAAUAAUUGUCCUAAUUAAUCUUCUUUAGUGUAUACACUAUAUAAUUGUCCGACUCAUACAAUUUUAUAAUAUAUCGCAUAUUGAAACGGUUUGUCAGUUCCCACCGGCAUAAAUAACAGGUUGUAAAUAGAGUUGUCCUCGUUCUUAUUCACUAUCGAGGGAAAAGAUUGUUGACAACGGAAAAUAAAGGAGUUAGAUCACAAUCAUUUUGAAAUAUUCAGCCAUGCUAUAUAAAUAAUUGGUAAAUAAUACCAAAAUAAAGGGUCAAGACGAAAUGACUGUGAGAUAAACAACCAUCAGCAACCUGAAACCCAAAACAAAGCCGAUACACAGUAGUAUACUUGAAUAAACAAAUUCAAUUUAUUCACCACCCUAUCAUACCCAACAACAAUCGAUGCCGUCGUCGUUGCAGCUACCGCACUUGGUUGGUUGGUCAAGAAAGAGUCCACGCAGACAGCGUUGAUGGAAAAAAGUGAACGAAAGAAUUGGAGUGGGAUGUAUAAGCCAUAUCCCGACAGAAACAUACUUAGUUAAAUAUUUAAGAAUUGAAAUUUUAUGAAAAGUAUAAAUCAGGUCUUUUUGUUAUAAAAAUUAAUCGAAAAAUAUUUACCAACGUAACCCAUCAGUAUUGCAUCAAUCAACUCGGUGAUCAUGAGAGUGAACAGCGUAGAAAGUGUGGUGUGACGAGUGAAUAUUAAGCUAUCAAGUGUGUGCAAGAGAGUGAAGGAGUGCAAGUAAAUAUAGUGUGGUGAAAAAUAACUUAACUAUUGUACACAAGGAAAAGGGUGAACGAGUGAGCAGGUGCGUUGCAUUAAUUUACAUUUUUGGAAUAUCUGCGUUCUCGCUCGUGUGUGUGUGCAAUAUUUGUAUUAUUUGCUUUCCACGGAAGAAAUUGCUCUGAAGUUGAAUAAGCCGUGCCGCUGAAUUAGCGUUUCGCUGUGUUUAUCUGACUGAUUGUAUGCACCAGCUGUUAAACAGAGCCAACAAACAACCCAUCAGCCAGCGGAAGAGCAGGCAGAGCAGAGCUGCUUAGCGAGCGACAUUUAUAUUCAUCGGUCAAAUCGGUCGGGAUAUGGCCGUGUUCUUAAUAAACAUCUGCAAAUUUAAUGGCUGCGGCAUAACAUUUCCUAGUUUAGGAGAUUUAAUACAACAUAUUGAGGACACGCAUAUCGACUAUGAUCCUAAAGUGGUCGAACAGAAAGAGCAGGCGCAGCCUGCAUGCUUACCGCUGAGCUAUGUACUGCGCUUCAUAUCGGAAGAUGCACGUAAGGAGAGUCCGUUCCUAUCCGCCAAUACGUCGGGCGUUGAACUCAAACGGAAGCUGGCGAUCAAACAUCACAGUUACAGUAUGUCGUCGUCAAAUCGCAGCAAUACGCCCACUGGCAGUGAAAUGGACGAUGACGAAAUGGUUGUUUCGGAGUCAGAGGAUAGCAAUGAUUCUUGGACAACCGAAGAAUUCAGCUCCGAGUUCAUAAUGCGUUACGGGAGCAGGCAUUCCGGUACCGGCAGCAAUGGCACACCAGGCAAUGAGAAACCGUUUGCGUGUCCCGUGCCUGGUUGUAAAAAACGUUACAAGAACGUCAACGGCAUCAAGUAUCACUCGAAGAAUGGCCACAAAAAGGACGGGAAAGUCCGCAAAGGCUACAAGUGUCACUGCGGUAAAAGCUACAAAACUGCUCAAGGCUUGAAGAACCAUGCGCUGGUGUCACACAAUUCAUCGCCAGAGAGCGUCUUGAGCGCACAACAUGUAGCUAAUAUAACAACUACUAGCAACGGCACAAGCGUCAAUGCGUCAGGCAUCAUUUUGCAACGCAGCAGCUCGCCGUCACAAUCGUUGGGUUCACUCAGUCCAUCCAGUAUCAGCAAUAUGUCGAGUAGCGCCAGUAGCUGUCAUGGCAGUGCCAGCGGCAACACUUAUAACGGCAACGGUAAUUCUGCUGGUAAUAAUAACGGUGGCAGCAACUCCACUAGUUCUGUUGUCACACCUAAUGUGCUGCAGCAAUUGACGAACGGUACACUUGGCAAUGGAAGUCCGAAUGUUGUUGCCACCACAAAUGGUGUCGGUCUCAACAUACAUCAUCACCAACAUCACCAAUCUCAGCAGCAGCAACAUCAGUUCAGCAGUCAGCAGCAACCACAAUUGCAAAGUAUUGGAUCGUCGGCAACCGCAUCAUCAGGUAACAAUAACAAUUUAGUGCGCAGCAGUAGCAGUGGCAACACUACUGGUAUAAAUGGCAGCGGCCUACUGGCAACGCCAACAGCAACCAAAACUGCGACUGCAGCUACCAACUUGUUGGCCGCUAACGCAACGGCCAGUAAGAUUCUCAAAUUGGCCACAAAUGCAGCGGCUCAGGCUGCAGCAGCUGCAGCCGCAGCUAAUGCUGUUGGUUCAGCUGAUAUCAUUGCACAGCAGCAGCACAAAUUGCAGGCAAUCGUUGAUAAAGUACAAUCGAAGCAGCAACAAUCUACAGCAUCCAAAAUUGCGCUGCCGAAUCUUGUUAAUUUAGGCAUUCUCACACCAGCUACGUCGCCUACAAAAACACCCAUACAGACGCUGACAUUUACACAACAACAACAACAACAGCUACAACAGACUCAGACCACCCAUAAUCUUCCUUUGACACCCAUCAGUCCAAGUGGACCGACACUUAUCCAACAACAACAACAACAACAGCAACAUCAACAAAAGAGCAUUUCCUUGUCGACUGGCACACUGUUGCAUCACCAUCAGCAACAACAGCAACACAAGAAAACGCCUCAUAUAAUUGGUAGCAUUCACUUGUCGGGUGUGUCAACAUCAACAUCAACGUCCACAUCUUCAUCAAAUACCAACAUAAAUAUCAAUAACAGCAAUGGCACUAUGACAAAUGUUGCCAAUGCCAAUGGUGUCGGUGUUGCUGCUGCUACAGUGGGUAAUGGUGUUGUUGCUGGCGCUGGUGUUGCAGGCAUGGCGAACGCGAUUGUUGCUGCUGCUUCUGCUUCUGCUGACGCAGUGGUAGGCGUUCUCAACGAUGAAACGUAGCCUAUACUAAAGACACUACUAAUGCGACGUGAAUUUAAAUAAAAUAGAUGGGGAAUAUUAAUUUUUUAGUAAAUUAGAAAAAAACUUACAUUUGCACAAAGCUAACGAAAAGGCUAACCAUAUUUGGUGUAUUGGCUUAUUAUAGGCACACAGCAUACCUAAGUAAAUGGCUGUUGUCUGUCAUUGCAGAGAAAUAUUUUCUCUAACAUACAAACACGCCAGAAUACUCCAAAAAUAUUUGUCAGUUCCUUAAAAGAGUUAAAGCUGCGACUUUUCAGCGCAAAAUUUGUUAUUUCUGCGAAACCAGACGUAUGCUUAAAAGCAUUGUGAGUACGUGGAAGCACCCAGAGAAUUAAUUGCGUAUGCGUUGCAUAAUUUUGUUUACAGAAGUGCAACAUCCGCCGACUCCUUAUAGUUUGUUGUGUGUAUUCUUACUUAGGCAAAAAUUUGUUCGGUUCUGUCUUUUUUUAAACCAAUUAUCUAGAUUUGAUUAUCUACAAUCGAAAACAAUAUUGGAGUUGGUAAAUAGCACAAUUUAUGGAACCGAGUCGAAUUCUGUAUUUUGGAUAUGAAUGUCAUUGCAAUCUCCUGGUGCACCACUAGAAUAACAUUAGCAUAUAUACUUCCCCUCUUUGUUUAUUGAAACCACUGUGAAUAGGGAAGGUUCCUAACGAAAUAAUUCCCAAAAUUCGAAAUUAUACAGCAUUUAUUUAACGAAGAAUAUCGCAAAUACAUACGAUAUAAAUCUCAUACAUGAACUAUAAAAAAGAAAUACACUGUUGCAAUUAAGUCUUGGUGUAUUUAAUAUUCUGCAAUGCUUGCACUCUGCACUCGAACAAAUAUAUCUAUGCUAUGACGAAAGAAUGCUUUGAAAUUAUUAAAAAUGAUAUAUUUACUAUUUCUAUUUAUAAAAUGUAUAUGUAUAUAUACAUAUAUACAUGUGUAACAAUAUAUAGCGUUAGUUAGUGGCAACCUUCAAGUAUCCUUGUAAAUUUAGACUGCUGCGAUUUAUUUUAGAAUUUAAAUUAUUUUGUAAAUUUAGUUGGUUCGUGCAAUACUACUCUUUAUAAAUAAUUUACGUAGUUAAUUAUUAUUAUUUUGUACUCAUUUUUUGUGUAUAUUUUAUACUGAUUUUCUAAACACUAUAUUGUAUUGCUUUGAUAACUGCUGAUCUCCUAUUAAAAUUAAAAAUUAAAUAUAAAAAAUUCUAUACCAAUUACACAUAUAAAGUAAAGUUCAUGCUUUAUUUGAUUCUGGAAUAGUAAGCUACAGAUGUUAGUUAAUUUCUCUAAAUGACGUGAAGACCACUUGUGACUUGAAUUUGAAAUAAAUUCGAAGUUAGUGUAUCCAACAGAGAAGGAGUAUACUUAAAUACCGACUUUGAAAACAAUUACUCGACAAUUUCAGCAAUUCGAGAAGGUGUAGCAAAAAAUUAUACAUUGGUAGUAUCAUCAGGGUCUAAAAAAAUUAGUACUAAUUCUAACAUAUGUACAUAUAUACCCUAUAUGACAGAUUUUUGUGCGCUGCUAAAAUUUACAAUUGGUGCAUGUAGGCUUGAAAUCUAGCAUAAAAUACAUUGAACGAACAAAAAUUACUUAUUAUUUUCAUUCCAUAUUAUUCCAAAUACUUUCCAUUUUAGAGAAUAUUUUGUUUACAAGUAAAUUUGCUCUCUCAUUAUACACAUAUUAAACAAAAUUCUUUGGAUCGUCAAAUAUAGAAUGUUUUCUUUUUUUAUAACUUUAUUUAAUUAGGGAUCUCCUUUGAGGAUAUGAUCAUUAAGUGUAAACGUCAACAGUAUUAUACAAACACUUUGUAUUUAAUAUUAAUUUAAUUUUUUUAUUGUAUUCGUAUUAAUAUUAAUAUUUAAUUUUAAAUUAAAGCAAUUUCUUUUGCACUGUGCGCUUUAAACUCCAUAAAGCCGUCGAUAUUUGCUUAUGUUGUUGCUAUUACAGGUGGACGGACCAACGAAUUUGUGGGAUUUCGAAUUGCAAAUAUCAAAAAUAUUACUGUUUAAUUAUUGCAAAUUAAAAUCCUUAAAAUGUCAAGUCCUAUGACUAAAAAAAUUUUCCAUUUUCUAUUCUCUCAUUCCUAGAGUUAAGUGUAUACAUACAUAUGUAUGGUAUAUGCUCCUUUCUGUUCUUUGUCUGUCAAAUGCUUUUUUUUUUAUUUAUUUUUUCUUUUUAUCUUUGGUUUACUUUUAUUUCUAUUCUUUUUCUCUCUCCUUCUCUUUUGUUGUUUAUAGAACAAAUGAAUACAAGCAACUCCGCAUGCAUGCCAUUCAAUGGGCAACUGCUCACUACAGCUUCGUCGAUCGCCAAUGUCAACAACACAGCAGUCAA